GGAAUAUUUUACAAUGUGACACGCAGAGUUUCUCACGAAUGUGUUCUUUUUUAGUGGAUGCCCAUGUGGUGUGUCAUUAAUCGGGCCUGAAUUUGAAGCACUUUGAAGCAUAUCAUUUUAUAAUUGCAGCACCUGAAUGUUCGUGUUGCCAUUCUUCUAAAAAUGUUGUUGGAAGCGGCGGACGGGGAUGGAACGACAGUGUUGAAAGCUGUUGCCGCCUCUGUGCAGGUUUUGGUAGAGCCGGUGGGGCGCUGGUUCGAAGCCUAUGUGAAGAGGCGAAACAAGAACGCAUCAACCUCUUUUCAGGAGCUGGAAGAGGAAGAGGAGUCAUCAGAGGAGUCAGAUGAUGAGGAAUUUCAGCUGGAGGAGCAUCCAUUGCUCCGAACUCUUGACCCAAAGGAUUGGAAGAAUCAAGAUCACUACGCUGUCCUUGGUCUCCCGCACUUGAGGUACAAAGCCACUCAGAAACAGAUCAAAGCUGCACACAAAGCCAUUGUGUUAAAACACCAUCCUGACAAGAGGAAAGCUGCUGGGGAGCAGAUUUUAGAAGGAGACAACGAUUACUUCACAUGUAUAACUAAAGCUAUAGAAGUACUGUCUGACCCUGUGAAGAGACGAGCCUUUGACAGUGUAGAUCCCACCUUUGACAAUAAUGUACCCUCAAAAGGAGAAGGCAAAGACAACUUUUUCCAGGUGUUUGCUUCUGUUUUUGAGCGAAAUUCCCGAUGGUCGAUCAAAAAGCAUGUGCCAAAACUAGGAACUGUGGAAUCUUCCUUUGAAGAUGUGGACAACUUCUACUCAUUUUGGUACAAUUUUGAUUCAUGGAGGGAAUUCUCAUACUUGGAUGAAGAGGAAAAAGAGAAGGCUGAAUGUCGAGAUGAGAGGAGAUGGAUCGAAAAGCAAAAUCGAGCCUCCAGAGCUCAGAGGAAGAAGGAGGAGAUGAACAGAAUACGAACACUAGUUGACACCGCCUACAGCUGUGAUCCCAGAAUAAAGAAGUUCAAAGACGACGAAAAAGCCAGGAAGGAAUCUGAGAAGAAGGCGAAAGCUGAAGCCAAGAAGAGAGAGCAGGAAGAGAAGGAGCGAGUCCGACAGGCAGAGUUGGAGGCGGCUCGUUUGGUAAAAGAAAAAGAAGAAGAAGAGGCCAAACAAGCUGCCCAGUUGGCCAAGAAAGAGAAGGACAUUCAGAAGAAGGCCAUCAAAAAGGAAAGGCAGAAGCUCAGGACAACAUGCAAGAACUGGAACUACUUUGCUGACAAUGAGACCGAAAACGUGAAGAUGAUGGAGGAGGUGGAGAAGCUCUGUGAUAGGCUGGAGCUCAUAAGCCUGCAGUCUCUCAAUGAAACUUUGGCCGCCGCUUCUAAGGAGGAGAGCAAACUAGCAGUAGAAAAACGGGUGCAAGAGGUGAAUGCUCAACUGCAGAGGGAGAAGGAAGCCGAGUUCCAGGCCAUGCAGUCGGCUCGCAGUGCCGAGCAGGCCAGCGGAGGAGGAGGUGGAGGAGUCGGGAAAGGCUGGAAUGAAGAAGACCUGCAGCUUCUUAUCAAGGCAGUCAAUCUGUUUCCAGCUGGAACCAACUCAAGAUGGGAGGUUAUUGCAAAUUACAUGAAUCUGCACUCCACAAGCAGCAUGAAGAGGACUGCCAAAGAUGUUAUCAACAAAGCCAAGAGUCUACAACGGCUUGAUCCACUUCAGAAAGAUGACAUCAACAAAAAAGCCUUUGAGAAGUUCAAGAAAGAACAUACUUGUGUGCCAACCACUGUCGACAACGCUGCACCCUCUGAGAGGUUUGAAUCUCCCAGUGGUGAUGGAAACGCGGCCCACUGGACCACGGAAGAACAGAAGCUUUUAGAGCAGGCCUUAAAAUCUUACCCUGUCAGCACAUCUGAGCGCUGGGAGAAGAUAGCAGCCUGCAUCCCGGGGAGAAACAAAAAAGACUGUAUGAAGAGAUACAAGGAACUGGUGGAGAUGGUUAAAGCCAAGAAAGCAGCACAGGAGCAAGUGGUAAACAAGAUUAAAAAAUGACAACACAAAGACCAAAUGUCAAUCGUUGUCUUGUAUCUGUAUUGUGUUGGUCUUUAUUUUAUAGUAAAACCAUUAAAAAGACAACAAAAAACAUA